AUGCAAGAAAGUUUUACAUAUGCAAGAAAAUUGUCAACGGAAUUUCAAAAUAAUGUCGUUCGUGAUCAUUUAAUUCAGAAAACACAUGCUGGAAAUGUAUUGGUAUCAGAAUACGAUGUUCAGGAACCAAAGAAGAGACCACAAUCGUUUUGUUUUCGUGAUAUAUCUAUACCAAGAUGGUUAUUAUUUGUUUUUGCUUCAUUAGUAGUGGUUGCACUAACAGCAUUUGUCUUAUUUACAUGUAUUGUUAUAUUAAAAAAAUAUACAAACGGUGAGCCUUGUAAACAGAAUAGUGAUUGUCGACAAGAUUUGGGUCUAAUGUGCAAUAAUUAUCGAUGUGGUUGUGCAUAUUCACAUUUUUGGAGUUCAUCAUAUCAAAUUUGUGAGCGUCGUCGUAUGAUUAAUCGAACAUGUGAUUCGGAUGAAAUGUGUGAUGCUCUAAGUAAUUUGGAAUGUCAAAACGUAACACUAAGUGGGACAGCGGCUUUAUCAAAUGGUAUUUGUACUUAUACGAAAGCUUUUAAUGUAACAUGCGGUUUAUCACUUGAAUGUCGAACAUCAAAAGGCCUAAUUUGUAGUGGUUCGCGUUGUACAUGUCCCAAUCUUUACUACUAUGAUUAUAUUCUAAAUAAUGGUACAUGUUUAUAUGCAUUAUCUUAUUUACAAAACUGCACAUCAUCUGCUAUAUGUAAUCCACAAUUGUUACUCUAUUGUGAUUAUACUGCAUAUAGUUCAUCUACUGUUGGACAAUGCAAUUGUAAUAGUUCAACGACCUAUUGGGAUGGAACAAUUUGUGCUGCUAAACUAACAAUUGGUGGAUCGUGCCAAUCGAAUAACACAUGUAUCGUAGCAUCGACCUAUGGUCUCGAAUGUAGCGGUUACACGACAACAAAUCAGACAUGUGACUGCCUCAGCACUGCUUAUUGGAACACUACAACGGAACAAUGUACUGUAAAACAAUUGUAUAAUACAAGUUGUGCAACAAGUUAUGUUUGUGAUGAGAGUCGUGGCUUACAGUGUCAAGGACUUGGUAACGCUCUUUAUGAAAAAUGCGAUUGUUAUAAUGCGACGUAUGUUUGGGAUUCAUUAUACGUUACAAAAAAUCAGACAUGUAUUGUAAAAAAGACUAAUUUACAAACAGGAUGUAGUGGCGAUUUAGAAUGUCAAGAUUUUAACUAUUUAGUUUGUAGUACUAAUACAUCAACAAACACAUCAGUAUGUCAAUGCGUUUAUACAGAUUACUGGGAUGGUAGUCGAUGUCAGGCAAAACUAAAUUAUACUCAGCCUUGCACGAACACCACAAUGUGUCGUGACUUUUAUCCUGUUCUUUUGCAAUGCCGCAGUGGUCAGUGUCUAUGUGAAAGUUUGCCGACAUACUAUUACUGGAGUGAUUGUCUGCAGAAUUGUAUUACUGCAAAACAAGUGAGUUGA